ACCCACGGUCUGUAGCAUUGUCCCUUCGUGCUCACUUUGACUUUCAUGUGUCACAAAACUUAAAUGUUCAUCUUUGUGAUUAGUACAGUGCUCUGCUGCGCUAAGAGACGAUAGAAAAGUCUUGCAAGAAAGUAAACGAUAGUUCUGUAGCUUCCACGGCGCUUCUGGGAAAUAUAGUUCUACGUGCUGCUAAAAGUCAAUCUUGCGUCAUCAUUCGGUCAUGUAGCUAGCUAACAACACUUCGCACCAGAGAGAGCUUGGGAUGGCGGGGGAGAGUAGCGGAGAAGACAUAGUUUCAGAGUACCUGGGCCAGAACCCGCACCUGGCCCCCUGGAUUGACUCCCUCAGGGGAUAUUCUGAGACCAACAAGCAGUGGUUCGCCCGGAGAGAGUUCAUAUUGAGAAAUAUGGAGACUUUCUCAACAGUGGAGCCAGGAGUCCCCAGCAGCAGCCUGGAUAAGCUGAUAUCUCUGUCUAUGGUCUGGGCCAAUCACGUUUUCCUCGGCUGCAGCUAUCCACAGGCUGUAAUGGACAAGAUCAAGGAGAUGAGUGAGGGGAUCGUUGUUCAAGAUGCUCCUGUUCACAGAACCACAAAGGAUGAAUCUAUGAUGAGAGGAAAGCGAAGUGCUAAAUCUGAGGGCGAUGCUGAGAGCUGUGUGAAAAGAGCUAAAUGUGGCCCUAACGAGAUUGACAGUCGACCUGCAGGGAGGACAGCAACGUGGCCGAUGAGUCAGAAAGCAGGACCUCAACCACAGGCUCCAGCAGAGUACCAGCCUUUCUUUAACCGCCUCUACAAGACAGUGGCCUGGAAGUUGGUGUCAGCCGGGGGCUUUGGUCCCAACAUGGACCAUUUUGAAAUACUUCGUAGCUGCGUUGAGUCAUGUAAACAGACCUUGAUCUGUGUGUUUGUGCCACUGAAGGACAUCACAGGCCUCCCUACAGGUCGCACACAAAAAGAAGGCCACGUGUGUGAAAUUCGCUGUCAGACUGUCUACAUGGGUACAGGAUAUGGGCGAGAUGAAUCUGCUUCUAGAGCCAUGGCUGCCAAAGAAGCCCUUAAAGCCUUUCAGGGGCGAAAAGUGACAGUUAAGAUCUGUAAACGUAGGUACAAAGGGAGAGAUGUGGAGGAUUUGAUUUUGUUGGACGAGCAGCCUCGGAAUCAGGGGUUUCCUCCCGCACUCAGUUACCCUUUUCAGGACAUGCAGCAGGAGCAGGGUUCUUCCUAAAGAAGCCAAACUGUGAUAUCUGCUCGAUAGUGAUCCCAGCUGGAGAAUCAAUAAGUGGCAUUUACAGAAUGGGGCCACUGAAGGAAUUCAUGACUGUAUCAGGACCAGACUGUUACCAUGAUCGUCAUCGUCAAGUAACUUUGAGCAUUAAAUAUCACAACACAUUUCCCACUUAACUUUGGUAUCAAAAUGCAGGUAAAAUAUGGUGAUACAAACAUCUGGAAAACACCAUCAACAUGUGGUCUUUAGUGAAAACCUUUUCAACCUAUUCCAGGUUUAUAGAUGAUAAACACAGAGUAACUGUGUGUGGAGUUCAAGCAUGUGCCAUUACUUAAAAAUCAAAGCCUCUGGAAAAAAAGCUCCACUGCCAGUGUGAUUUCAUAUCAAGGUAGAUUAAAAUACCACCUUAAUAUCGCAGGAGAAAAUCCUGUAUUGAUGUGAGUAUUUAUCUUAAUAACUCUGAAAUGAGAAACAGAUUCCCCUUUCAUUCCAGUCAUUUUUGUUCUGGUGAUUUCAAUAAUCUUACUGGUUUGUUGACACAGCAACGGUUUAAGUUUUUUGUUGCAUUUCAGUUUGUUUAGAGUUCUACUGCUUAUGCACAAGGGAACCAAAAGUCUCAUGAACAGAGUAAUAACAUGUGGUUUUAUAGGUUUGAUGGGGUCCAGACUCUUGACUAACACACUUUUUCUUUUUAUGAUGGCCUUUAGUGUUCACACCAGAUGAGAACUCACCACUAAUUGAGUGUGAAGUAUCAAACCACCAAACUUUAUUUUGUUGAUUUAGUUGUUCUAACUGUAGGUAACUGUUGGAUGUUCUAUAAAUAUUGUUUUCUAACUGUUCCCAUUAACACUUGCAUUUAAAGUUUGUUUCUUCAGACGGUGGAGUUUCUGAUUCCCCUCAGAAUCGCACUUUAAAUUUAUUAGAGCAGGACCAGGUCUUUAUUUUAUGUGGCAAAAGCUGAAUAAUGCUGCUCUGAAUGUGGUUAAUAUACUGGUGAUCCAAUCUAAAUGCAAUAUUAACCUGCUGUAAACCGCUGAACAGUGAUUCAACAAAUUAUCAAACACAGUUUCUGCCAGAAAAGUAACGCUAUACAUUAUGUUAAGUUUAAAUUUAAUUUCACAGUGUACGUAUAGAGUUAUCAGCCUUCAUGUUCUUUUUGAUUUCUUGGUCAGUUAUAGUACUCAUUAUAACGUGGGCUUUUAUUUCAUUAUCCGAGUUUAGAAAAACAGACCCACAUUGUUGAUAAUAUCAGGGUUUCAUAGUUAUGAAUAUUCACUUAAACACAGUGAAGUCCAGCAUGUACUGUUAAAAUGUGUGUGGGAGUAAAGUGCUGGUGUGAUUAUUUCUUUUUCAGUUGAAGUUGAACAGGGUUGCAUUGAAGUGUGAAGUAUCUACACUGGUUCAUGUUACUGUAUGUUUACACCAGUGGUCCUGUUUCUAUAUGUUUUUUUAAAUAAACAUAAUUUAAGC